AUGAGUCGCCCAAAUGAGGGUGGAGGUCAGCCUGUGCUUGAGGGUGAAGCUUCGGGCCCUAAUUAUGGGGCAGUGAACGGAGUGGUUCCCGGACAUGGAGCACGAAGGACAGGUGCAACGUCUGCGUUGCCGCUUGGAAGAGCAGUGUCUGUGACAGAUGUUCGGAGGUCUGAUUCUAGUGGUCAGGCUGAUGUGCAAGGGACUAUACCUGCUGUAAGUGAUGAGCCCUCUACGUCUACGACCCUACCAACCGGACUGGGCGCGACGCACGGCACGCAUGCACAACCUACGACUCAGCAGCCUACAGCUCCACUUGCACAGCCGCCACAGCCAGCAACAGCCCCAGCGCAAUCACAGUCUGCAGCACCAGAGCCACCGCAGCUAACAACUACGACUUUGGAACCACAGCGUAUUGCACCACCUCCACCACCGCCGCAGCCGCUGCCGCAACGUCCGCUACAACAUGCAGUGCAUCAGUUGCAAAGGACAGCAGUUGUGCAGGCCGUUCAGGCCAGAGCGCAGCGUGCAUUGCAUAGCGUUCGAGGAGAGGAUGUGUUUUCUUCUGCAGAGAGUUUGGUUGGUUCACCGCAGUCCGUCCUGCCUCGUGAAGAUGAAGGACGGAGUCAGAAUGGCUGGUCGGUGACACGCAUCAGUGAGGUGCUUCAUCGGCGUUUCGUUGCUCCUGUACUGGAGCACGUUGGCGGUUCUGAUAGACCUGUGGGGCCUUCACCUACCUGGCACUCUCCCUCGAACCAAGGCUUUGAGGAGCAACCCCUGAUGACUGCGGAGACUCGGCAAGCUAUGGCAGAAUGGACGGCGAGGCCUACCUCUUUGACGCUUCCUGUUGGUGAACGAGUUCAUCGAGAUGAUAGCUCAGCUGGCAGUGUGAACAGGGAGGCUGUGAUGGAAGAGGUGAAGAGGCAAGUUCAACUUGCCAUGCAAAGUCGGGACCAGGAGGUGCGGACCCUCAAGGACCAGAAUGAAGAGCUGAAGCGUGCCUUGGAUGCCUCAGCUCAGUUGUUGAACGAAGUGAUGAUUGCGGGUGGAGAGGAGUCUGCGCCAGGACUUCGAGGGACCUCAGCGGGUCUUUCUGGCAAUGAACCAGGAGGCGUACCUGCGGGUGAAGGCGAAGGUGCAAGAAGGCGACCUAGUGCUCCCCCCGGUCUUGAAGGACGUUUGAACCCACCAGUUCACAAACCUUUCGGCCAAGGACGGGGUGAACCGGCCUACUUUGACAGACUGUUGCGUUACGACUUGGCCGAAAACUUCUUAACUCUGUUGCUGGAAAGCUGA